CUGAUGGUUCGGUUGCACAGAUACAAUACAACCUGUUAAAGCUCACCAUCUUAAUGUCAAACUUCAUUUUCUUCCAUUUUCAAGGCCAUCAAAUUUGAUUCUCUCUCUCUCUCUCUCUCUCUCUCUCUGCUACAGUGAUCUCGGAGAACUCAGGGGAGCUGAGGAAGACGGAGAGAAGCCGACGAUGGGGGUGCCUGCAACUUUGGGUGAUGAUUUUCUGAGAGAAAGAGCGGCGAAGAUGAGAGAAUCACUGCAGAAGAGCCAAACUAUUACUGAUAACGUCGUCUCCAUUCUCGGCUCCUUUGAUCACCGUCUUUCUGCUCUCGAAACCGCCAUGCGCCCUACUCAGAUCAGAACCAAUUCUAUUCGUAAAGCUCACGAGAACAUUGACAAGACUUUGAAGUCUGCGGAGGUUAUUUUAGCACAAUUUGAUCUCUCUCGUCAGGCAGAGACGAAAAUACUUAGAGGGCCACAUGAGGAUUUGGAAAGUUAUCUCGGGGCAAUUGGUCUAUUAAGAAACAAUAUCAAAUUCUUUAGCGGCCAUAAAGGUUUUAAGGGCAACGAGGUAGUGCUUAACCAGGCAAAUAAUCUGCUUGCAAAGGCCAUCUCAAAGCUGGAAGAUGAGUUCAGACAGCUAUUAUCUUCGUACAGCAAACCUGUGGAGCCUGAACGUCUUUUCGAUUGCCUGCCAAAAUCGUUGCAACCAUCUUCAGAAUCUCCUGGUCAUGAUUCAGGUGGAAAGAAUCCCUCCUCAAAUCAUCAUUCUGCACAUCAUGAUAAUAACUUAGAGAAUGCUGUCUACACACCUCCCACUCUCAUACCACCACGUGUUCUGCCACUGUUGCACGAAUUAUCACUGCAAAUGGUUCAAGCCGGUCAUCAACAACAAAUUUUAAAAGUCUACAGGGAUACCCGUUCAGUCGUUAUGGAAGAAAGCUUACGGAAAUUGGGAGUUGAAAAACUUAGCAAAGAAGAUGUCCAGAAGAUGGCAUGGGAGGUUUUAGAGGCAAAAAUUGGGAACUGGAUUCAUUUUAUGCGUAUUGCAGUUAAACUGUUGUUUGCUGGAGAACGAAAAGUUUGUGAUCAAAUAUUUGAAGGCCUUGAAUCGCUUAAAGAUCAAUCAUUUGCUGAGGUUACAGGUAGUAGUGUGUCUGUGCUAUUUAGUUUCGGGGAGGCGAUUGCAAAAAGCAAGAGGUCACCAGAAAAGUUGUUUGUACUUUUGGAUAUGUAUGAAAUAAUGCGAGAGCUUCACUCCGAGAUUGAGACAAUUUUCAAGGGUAAAGCGUGCAGUGAGAUCAAGGAAUCUGCAUCGGGAUUGACCAAACGGCUUGCACAGACAGCUAAGGAUACAUUUAGUGAUUUUGAGGAAGCUGUUGAAAAAGAUGCCACAAAAACUGCAGUGUUAGAUGGAACUGUUCAUCCUUUAACAAGCUAUGUGAUUAAUUAUGUCAAAUUUCUAUUUGACUAUCAAGCAACCUUGAAGCAGCUUUUCCAAGAAUUUGAGGAGAGUGGUCAAACGAGUUCAGAACUGGCCACUGUCACAAUGCAAAUUAUGCAGGCUCUUCAAUCUAAUUUGGACGGAAAAUCUAAGCAUUACAGAGAUCCUGCUUUGACUCACCUAUUCCUCAUGAACAAUAUUCACUAUAUAGUUAGAUCUGUUCGCAGAUCCGAAGCCAAGGAUUUGCUCGGGGACGAUUGGGUUCAGAGACAUAGGAGGGUCGUACAGCAACAUGCAAAUCAGUAUAAAAGGAAUGCUUGGUCAAAGAUUUUGCAAUGCCUCUCUGUUCAAGGGUUAACUUCAUCCGGCGGUGGCAGCGUACCUGGUAUAGAUGGAGGAAAUAGUAGCGGAGUUUCUAGGGCGCUUAUUAAAGACAGGUUUAAGACGUUCAAUAUGCAGUUUGAGGAACUGCAUCAAAGACAAUCUCAAUGGGCAGUUCCCGAUACUGAGCUGCGGGAGUCCCUACGACUUUCGGUUGCUGAAGUCUUACUUCCUGCAUACCGAUCCUUCCUAAAACGUUUUGGGCCACUAGUUGAUGUUGGAAAGAAUCCCCAAAAAUAUGUCAGGUACCAGCCAGAAGAUCUCGAAAGGAUGCUCGGAGAGUUUUUCGAGGGGAAGAACUUGAGCGAACCUAAGCGGUAGGUAUGCAGUUUCCCGGACGGUCUCUUCUGUAGCAUCAAGAUUGGCAUGGUGAGUUUUAGCAUCCUUGGGUUUGCAAAGUUUGUUCCUUCCCUGUUUUGAUUCUUUGCCUUUUUCCCCUUAUUCAUGGGUUGGAUAGUUUUUGCUUAAUAUUAGUUUUCUACAAUGUAUAUAUAGGAACACACUGAAGUUAUAGUUUUCUUUUCAUUUUCUUCUGUGAAGAUGCCAUUCAUGUAUUUAUAUCAAGCUUAGAUAGCCGUGUGUAC